UUUCUCCCAGGGACGCUUCGUCGCUUCCAUUGACCUCCUCGUCUGCGUCAGGGAAAGACGGGCUCCUCUGCUGCGUCCUUGGCCUUGAUUAGUGAACCUGCCACGCGCUCGCGUCUCACCUGCUGCAAGGUUUCUCAGCACUGCACGGGACCACAAUUCCCUCGGCACUUCCCUCCUCUCUUACGGCCAUUGCCGGUUAGCCCUUGAGGGUCAUCCUCGUCUUCUGUUUGUCUUGUAUUGGCCUCCCUCUUCCCUCUUGAUUCGUCAAUGACCCUCGGUUCGGUGGAGCAACUAGUGUUUCACGUCUAGUGGAACCAAGCAAAAGGACUUGCCUCCCUUCGGCCCAAUGACAAAUCCCCACUAUUCAAGGAUGGACACGUACAGACCUCAGCCGCAAUACCAUACCUUCGCGGAGGAGUCGGCUGUUGCAUCUGUCUCAUCUCCCUCAGCCUUCAGCGGUGGGCCCUAUCCACCUCCUCGACUGCCUUCGCCUACGCCGAGCGCCCCCAGGUCGUACAAUCCCCGGGAGCGCUUCUUCCAUCCUGCGCAGCCUCCCACUCCAUCAAGCUCGUCUAGCGGUGGUCAAGCGCCUGCACGCCCCGGCUAUACACAUCUGCCACCUCCCUCUCCGACUGCGCCCUUUCCUCCGCACGGGGCUACAUCGUCCUCUGCGCCUCAAUCCAGACGAUUGGUUCCGCCAUCUGGAUUGAUCCCACCCUUUGGUCCUAGACUACCACCUCUGUUCAGUGGGCCACAGUACGACAGCUUGGGGCUGCGUCAGUCAGAGCCUUCGUACAGCUCUUCUCCAAGCAUCAUGCGGCCCGAAUUGCCCUACAGCCCUCAUGACGCUCGAGGCGCAGGUCCUUCUGGUACACGAGGAAGCGAACCAAGAGCCUACCAUAUCAAGGACGAGGACAGCGCUACAGACGGCGGCUCACCGCCGAAGAGGAAGAGGGCAAAGACCGGCACUAAGAUCACGAGGAAUCGAAAGAUCACCUCUUGCUUGCCAUGCCGUGAGAGGAAGCAAAAGUGUGAUCGAACCCACCCCAUCUGUCAGAAAUGCAUAGACGAUGGGAGACAGUGUGUCUAUGCAAAGAACGAAGAUCUGGAUGGUGCUGUGUCUGCCAGUCCCCAAGAUACGAAAAAACCCAAGGUUUCCUCGAUUGGUCCAUCUGAUACCGAGCAGAGAGAUCCUCCUCGUGCGGCCUCUUCUAGUGGUGGACACUCAACCUGCAGCCAUCAAGAUUCCGAAUUCCUGACGCAGAGGCGAGAAAACCUCGCGAGACUAUUCACAGCUGCCAGAGACAGGACUCUUGACUUCGAAAAGAGAGUCGAAGCCGCAAGAGCAGCAGCGGUCGCAGAGGUUCUGUUUGCGGAGAAUGAGGUUCAAGACCUGAGAAGAGAUCACUUGGUACUGCCGACGCGACAACAGGUGCAGCAUCUGCUGGACAUCUACAAGCAGGACGUGGAAUUGUUCAACUUUAUCGUGCUCAUCGAUCUCAACCGAUCUCGUAUUGGCGGCUUCCUCGACUGGUGGCACUCAAAUCCUGUCACUCUCCCGGUAGAAUCUGAUGCUCCACUUGCACCACUUGUUCUCACCAUCCUUGCCCUUGCCAGCCAAGCUAAAAGGACAAGAGACUCGGCCAAUGCCCCCGAAGGCUCACAAGCGGGGUCAACGCCCGUUCCCACAAGCAAUGACAAGUACCUGCCCUAUCUCUCUUCCGAGCGCGUCCUUCUCGAGACAGCUGGAAAAUGUAUCAGCUCCCUCACGAUUGUUUGUCCCUCAUCGUGGAACAGCACAUAUGCGUCUCCGUUGGAUGUGGUCAGAGCAGAGGUGCUCAGAACCCUUUGGCACAUCGGAGAAUGCCACUUGCAGUAUGCGGCCAUUUGCAUAGCUUCCGCAUUGCGUCUAGCAUACGCAGCUGGCUUGCACCGCGACCCUCUACAUUGGAAGAAUGUGGGAAUGGGUCCUUACGAAGUGCAAGUGCGGCGAAGCACCUGGUGGAACGUGGCCUUCCUCGAGACUUUCCACUCUCAUCGUAUCGGACAGCCUUCUCUUAUCACCCCAGGGACAGUAGACACCGAGCUGCCUACCAACUACGAUAUUGUUGCGGAGCAACAUGCGCGGGCAUCGUUGAUCCCUAUGACUCGCAAGCGCUUCUACUCGCUGGUGACUCAACUACACGUGGCCCAGCUGUUCUUGCAGCACAGCGGAAAGGUAUUCCUCCUGAACCUGCAGCCCAACGACAUUGUCAAGGGGCUGAGCGAGAUCUACAAGCUCUGGGUUGCUGGAAUGCCAAAGGAAUUACAGAAGCUGUCAAGAGAGACCAACUCGUCCGACUCAGCGUACCGGCCAGGCUUCAAUGAAAGUGACAGCGGAGACAGAAAAGAUUUCGGCGACGAGACCGACGAAGAGGCCCAGGCAUUCCGAUGGUCGAUCUUCCUUAUCCGGAUCCAGAAGCUCCAAGGCUUGCUCAACGUCCACCGCCCUGCCUGUGAGGUAGGGUCUGGCUGUGUCGACAACGAUGCGCAGGCAGUCUCUAGUCUACGGAUCUGUCUAGAAGCGUCGGCUCGUUUGGUUCACCUUUGCCACCAGGCUAUCAUGUGUAGGCCAGCACCUCCUCAUCUCCUCUUGGGUAUUAUCUCGUACUACAGUUUCAAUGCGGGCGCCGUGCUCGCGAGUCAGUUCUCUACUCAAACGGCAUACUCUAGCAUCUGUCGUCCUGCCUUUCAGAAGGCUUUGGCCGUGUUGGAUUACUUGGCAAAGAACCAGGCCCUAGGAAACGUGUCCGAGCAAGCGGAGCGCUACUGUGCAGCCGUGAGAGAGAUUGCCGCUAUCCCAGAGAUGUUCCAGAAGAAGCUCACUUCAAGCAGCAGUCAGAGGUCCUCUUCCCAAUCGGAGCGCGCAGAACCUGAGGCUCCACAUGGACAGUCGAGCAAGCCUGCAGAGGAUCACGCCGCUCCUCCUCGUCUAGCCUCUCCCGUCCCCUCCGCCCCCGGUGAUAAUAGCACGUCUUAUAGCCGCAAUGCAGCACCACAGCUCAAUUACGCGCACGGUACCUUUGCCUCUUCUUCCCAGUCUCGCUACGACCCGGGACAACAGCAGGGUCAGGCGCAGGGCAGUGAGGCUGCCACUGGACUCGUCUAUGAUCACCAAGGGCAACCUCAGAAUGCAGUCAUCGCGGCUCUCCCUGGUCCUCCCGAUCAAUUCCUUAGCGCAACUCGUGCCAAGGCCUCGAGUAACAUCACUGACCGUCCUCUGCCUGGGCGCAACCCGUUGAAUUACAGUUACUUUGGCUUCCCUCCAAAGGCAGAUCCGCACGAUGCCUCGGCGCUUGCAACGGAGCCUUACUACGAAGCAGUCAUGGCUGCCGUGCCAAUGCCCAACGAUCUACCGAAGCCGGAUGACAGCGCCUGGUUCGACACAUCUGGCAACGCCAUGUUCGCGGGUGGAGCUCUCCUCUCGGCGUCGACCGCAUCACCGUUAUCCGCAGGAGGCGGGCUCGCACAUGGAAUGCCUUCUGAUUCUCACCAGCAGCAGCACCAGCAACAACAGCAACAGCCGCAAUCUCAAUCUCAGGGUCAGGGUCAGCAGUACAACACUUUCCAGCAGUAUCCUCCCAACGUGGGCGAGGAUGUCGACUUGAGAGGCAUGGACCCUCACGAUCUUCCCGUGGGCGUGGACUGGCCCUUGUUGGGAGACUUUGUUCAACGAAUCCUGCAGGGAGAAAAUGUAAGCGAUAUGCCUUCGGAAAGAAGAAGCGGUCAGGGCAGAAAUCAGUACAAGCUUGGAGGAGGAGCUAGCACCAUGACCGAUUGAACGUAUCAUCCUUGUCCCCAUGACUCGUCGGUUCGGACCGACCAUCUCUCUCGUCUUUCGUCAUUUGUAUUUUGCGGAACAGUCACGCGUCAAAGGAAAUUGUUGUCAUUGUUUUUUAUCGUUCUUCCCUUGUACCUGUCCACCAGCGCCGCAGUCUUUGUCAACGUGUUGGUGCAAUGCAACUCUAUAGCUCGCAAGAUUCGCCAUACUGGCAU